ACGUAUCGAAUGUGAAAAGAUCACAAGGGCCAAUGGAAAACUAUCUACUGAUUAGUUCUACUGCGGCCAGCGUUGCUGAGGCUUUUGUCGCAGCGGAAGCGGAAGAAGCCGGCAGAGACGCAAUGCCGGCUGAUGAGAAGAGCUAGCUGCUAUAGGAGCGGUGCUUCUGCUACUGCCGCUGCUGCUUCUCCUUCUUUUCGGCAGGGGGGAAAACAGUGAAAGAAUGAAAAAACUCCCUUCGAUAGAUCCCAGCAGCUGACUGCGGGGACGCUAAGGACGGAGCCCGGUGUUUUUCGCCCUUCCUCUUAAGACAGCGGCACUACGAUCAACCUUCUCACUUGAUAAUAACAGCAUACGAGGAGGUUUAAUAGUCAACGGCGUGUGCAAUGGCUUUCGCAUAGUCAAGCCGACCAAGUCGACAACGCUCUCAUGCCAAUAGUUGAAACGCCACAGUUCAGAACAUUCGUUCGGCAAGAUCACUUUGAUCACAGCUUCAAAGUGAAGCUGUGACUUCAGAACAAACGUCUUGCAGACAACGAUGGUUAGCCCGUAGUCAGAACGGGAUUUCGUGCGUGGUACGGCAGUGCGCCAUCACUGUUCAUAUCUCUGCUGUUUAGUGCUUCUUAAGCUUGUGUUCAGUUCGGUAACAUCUUGUCGUUGGCAAAAAAGGGGACCGUGUCCGAAGCGGGCGAUAAGGGAGCCAUGGUUUCUUGCUAGUGCUAUUUCUGCGCACAUACACCGCUGUUAGAAAUGUCAUUUUCCCACAUCAAAUGAACGAAAUACUCUUUGGAGUAAAUCGGUUCAGCUCUCUAACAGGAUAGACUUGUAGCAUUCGGAGACAGCGGUGCAUAUCUAUUAGGAAUUCGUCGUAGUGACUGCGCGAGCACUUCGUGAAGGGUCUACACAAGUAUAACGAAAGAUAAUUUGUCAAAAGUAGUGUGUGUGUAAUAAUUACUAGUGAAGAACGAGCCGGAACCAAUCAAACCCUCCGGAACAGAGACGUCGUCAAUAAAUAUAGUUCGUAAUCAAAAGCCUACUUAGACUGAGUGCAGAACGUGAUCGCUUUGUUUUCAUUGAAGAUUUCCAGCAAAUGUUGCGUGUCCGUUGCGCUGCACGCUGACACGUCGUACGGGACCUAAAACUAGAAACGUUUCUUUGAUCUAAAACUACCAAACUAAACUCUCAGGAAAUAAUCAACGGCCUGCAAAUUGACAGCAAUGGGUCGUAUAGUGGUGACAGAGGAUGACAUCGCCGCAUUUAGGACGAGAAUUCUUGACGAGAUCUACUUUAUACCCGAAUUGUACCACCCGAAAGAUGUCGAGGCAGUCAAAUCCAACUACGAGAUAUGUCGAAGAUACGUACGUCACAAACGACGCGACAUUGAAGCUGCCGUCGAGAUGGCGAAAAAGAGUCUUCAAUGGCGUAAUGAAUUUGGAGUAAAUGUAUUAUCGUCUGCUCGUUCCUUUCUGGGAUUUUGCACAGCACUUGGAAUUGAGGAAAAACUUUCAGAUAUCGCCGAAACGAACAUCUACCGUCUGUACCUCAAUGUCGGCUGCUUUAUACCAUUCAAAAAGGAUAAACUUGGCAGCCAGUGCAUUAUUUUUCGCACGAAGUUGCACCGGAAAAAUUCAGCUCGGUCGCUUGACAUGAAACGCUAUCUUGUAUUCUGGGUGGAGAAGUGUCUCUAUGAACUGAAUAACCCCAGAAUGACGUUCGUCUUUGAUAGCACGGAUGCAACUUACGCUAGCAUGGAUAUUGAGCAGAUCACAUUCAUUAUAGAGCUGUUUAGUAGCUACUACCCUUGGGCGCUCGGUCAUGUUAUCGUUUACAAUAUGCCAUGGAUUCUUAAAACGGUGUGGGGCGGAAUUCAGGCGCUGAUUCCUGCUGAAGGUACAGAUCGCUUCAAGUUUUGCAACGGAAACGAGAUCUUCGCUUACAUCGAUCAUGACUGUUUACCCGACUUCAUGGGGGGCUCCAUACCUGUACCCUUUCGAGAACUCACUCUUGAGGAGAUCGACGCAAUUCCAAUCGACCCAGAAAUUGUAUGUUAUCGCUUUCGGCCUGGAGAACGCGUUAUCAAACGGGCUGAGAGUCGGAUCUGUUCUACCCCUGCUAUAACGAAGUUCUAUAGAGACAACUUUGGGCUAUUCCGUAACGGAUCACGACGAGUUAACGGCCACGAAGCGAUGUCCAUCUUCCUCUGCCGGCCCGAGGAAAAUCUCGAGUUCAAGAAAGUAGGAAAUGUUCAAACGGCAUCAUUUGAGAUCACAAGCUGCUCACCCGACGGGAGGCCGAUUGUUUUCAAGGUUAAGGUCAACUGUCUACAAGGUUACACCGUUAAGCCGUUCUGUGGUGUACUGGAGAAUGGUGCUUCGAUGGUUGUGAACGUGAGCAAAGAAAUGGCUUAUCCUGUGACCAACCAGGACAAACUUCUAGUGCAGGCUGUUGUAACGGACCAACUUCCAUCUGGGCAAUUAGUGUCGGAAUUCUGGCAAAAGCUGAAACCUGAUAAUAUAUUCCAGAAAAAAUUACGUUGCUGUCUAGCUAAUGAGUACGGGCUCGUAACUGAGGAAACGACCUAUCCGCCUCGAUCGAUGACUGGGCUUGUAGGAGGACAACACACCCCAGCCAUACGCGAGUCAACCUCAGAACUCGAGAAAAAGGUAGCCGAGUUAAGCGCACGAUACCGAGCUCAGCAGAUAUUUAACUCAGUCAUCUGUUUCCUGCUGAUCCUAAACUUUGCCAUCACGUUCCACUCAAAGAUGUGUAACGGAAUAGGUUCUCCUCGAUGGUACUGCUAACAAAAGGAAACACUGGCAAUUUCCUAGAGCCCCACACCAACUACCUGUGUUGUAACGUCUGAUUAUAGAUGUCUGCCUGAUAAAAAUACUACCUGGUUUAAUCAAACGCGUUACGUUUGAUGAUAACGCUCCGUGAAAGCGAUGGAUAAUGAACUCAAACGCAAACUGAACAAAAAAAAAAGAUAGCUUUUUCGAUGUCGAAGGAACACGGGACUCAAUAAAGGGACACUUACUCUUCGUAUAGGACAGCUGAUAAAAAAAUAAUUAUCUAUUCGUUCUAGAAGCAUGACAAUGAAGUAUCAUGGUGUCGCUCAUAACUAAGAGAAACACUUGAACUAAAGCUGGGAUAUCAAAUAAAUUAAUAAAUGAAGGAAGUAUUUGUGGUGCCUUGCUUGAUGGCUUUAUUCUGUGAUUUCGGAAAAUAUCCACCUACAACUGAGUUACUGUUAGAUAAUACAAUUGAUUGCUUACUGUGACGUUAUAGAAGCUAUAAUUGUUAAAUGGUGAUGUUCUAGGUAACCUUAGCCUGAUUUUCUGCCUUGAGGCACGUUUUAUUCAGCAUUAACGUUAAAGUCGUUCGUAUACAUGCCAAAAAAAUUAAAAAAAAAAA